AAAUGUUUUUAGUCUAUUAAAAAUGUGCUGCAGACGGCUGAAUCUGAAAUGAUUUUUUCUAGUGAAAUUAGCAUAUUUGCACUAUUAAAUGAACUAAACAAUUGUAUACAAGCCGUUUAGUGUUUCUAGUGCUAUGAGAACUUAAAAGUUUGCUUUUUAUUGUGUAAUUUGACGUAUUUGAAGGACCAUGUACUCCGGCAGAGAUGCCGCAAAUACUGCGUAUCCCACGCAGUGGGCUUUGAAUCCCACUGCGUAUCAAAAUGUUGAUACUAGUCACGUUGACUGGGCUGCUUUAGCUCAACAAUGGAUUGCUAUGAAGGAAGCGGCGGCGAUCGUGGCCGCGCCGCCGCCUCCGAACAUCAGGGCCGAGGAAGAGGGCGAAGCGCCGAUGGAGGUUGAAAACCCGGAUAACAAUUCGGAUGGGCCCGCCGGCGCCGAGUGGAACUCAGCAACAAAUUCGUGGUCAGGCACUUGGAACCAAUGGGGUUGGGGUUGGUCAGGCUCAGGGCCAGAGCCCAAAAUACCCCCAGACCCUACUAUAGGUUUGCAACCUAUUGUAGAUGGAUACACCGUGCCGGGGGACGCAGCUGCACCCAUUCCUGGCUACACAACGGGCGCGCCGGCACCAACAUUCCAGCAUGGCUACUGGACCGCGCCUCAGGUGGAGCAAGCCAACAACAGCCGAGGCAGCAGUUCCAGUCGCGAUCGACGCUCCAAGAGCAAGAACAGAGACCAUAAACCUUCGAGAAGUUCUCGAUCACAGAGAGAAAAAGCCCCCGUGAUAGCACCGGUGAUCGAGCCAAUAGUGAUGCCCACAGCUAUACCGUCGUCUACCAUAGACGCAGCUAAACGAAGACAGCUUCCCGCCUGGAUUAGAGAAGGACUAGAAAAAAUGGAACGCGAGAAACAGAAGGCGAUAGAGCGUGAACAAGAGCUGAAGUUACGGGAACAAGCAGAGAAAGAGAAGAAACGAUUAGAAGAGGAAGAAUUAGAAAGAAUGAAAGCCGAGGCUGGGGGUCAGCCUGUGUUGCCGCCUAAGAGCAAAUUCGAAUCGGAUUCGGAAGGAGAAGAGCCACAGAAGGAGGAACCACCAUCAUCAAGCCCUGUGAAGGAGGAGGUCGUAGAAGAAUUUCCACCUGUUCCUGAGGAGAAAGAGGAACCUCCUCCUCUCAUUAAGAGGAGUAAAGAGGAGAUCAUGCAAGAAGUGAUGCUUGCAGUCCGUCGUUCCCUCACAGAGAUCCUCCUCGAGGUGACGGACCAGGAGAUCCAAACGGUGAGCCAAGAAGAAUUGGCCCGAUAUAACGCGCUACAAGCGUCGCGCCUCAACGCCAUGAAGGCGAGCAAGUCGAAGGCAUUGGCCGCUAUCGCCAGUGGGCUCGGGCUGGGCGCGUACGAGAGCAGCAGCGACGACAGCGACGAAGAGGAACAAAACGACCUGUCUGAUCAACAGCUGCAGGACAUCAUAAAGCGCAAGAGGUUGGAUUUCGAGCGCACUUCGCGGGAGAUCGAAGCAGAAGUGAGGCGCGCUGAAGCGAGGGAAGCCACCGAGGAUGUCUCCACGCCUAACAACGUCACGCCUGAACGACCACAUCGAUCACGAUCGUCAGCAACACCACCACCAGAAAGCGAAACUCCGGACAAAUUACCCGAACGCCGACCUUCCAGGGAUAAAAGAAGCACUCAUAAGUCCGACAAGGUUGAUGGAGUCAGAAAGCUAGAUACAAUUUUAGAGGAGAAAGCUAAAAAAUCGAGUAAAAGGGACCGCACUCCAAGUCCUUAUUCCAAAACUCCCAGUAAACCCAACAACAAAGAAAGUUCCUCCUCAACCAGCGAUUCUGAAGACGAUUCCUCAUCCAGUUCGAGCGAAUCAUCGUCAGAGACAGAACAAGACGUCGUUCAAACUAAGGCCAAAAAACGCAAGCGCAGAGGGUCCAGUUCCAGUGAAUCGCGCAGAAAAUCAAAAAAAGAAAAACAUAGAAAGGAAAAGUCUCACAAAUCUAGCGAUAGAAGCUACUCCAAAUCAAAAUACUACGAUGACUAUGAAAGAUCUGACAAGCUUAGGUCAAAGAAAAAAGAUGAUUACUACGACAGGCAUAAAUCCUCUAGGAGUAGGGACUACGACAAACACAAGUAUAGGGACGACUCCGAAGAGGAUCGUCCGAGGAAACGUACGAAGCGAUCGCGAUCUAUAAGCUACGAAUCACGCUCGGGACGCAAGAAAUCAUCGCGGGACAGAUCGGAAGAGCGUUCGCGCAAGAGGGACAAGAGGUCUUACGAUAGGGACAGCUCCAAACGCGACCGGUCUUACGACAGGUCGGGCCGAGACUACGACAAAUACGAUAGGUAUGAGCGGUCUAGGGACUACGACCGGCGUCGAUCCCGCAGCGGCAGUCACUCCCGCCACCGCCGGUGAACAUCAGGUUACACAUCGAACAGGUGGGAGCAAUCAUUAGUGCGUGCAAGAUGUAAAUAUUAGCCCCUUGUGUAUAGUAUUUUAUAGUGUGCACUAUUAUUCGCGUAUUAUUUUAAUAAAUACCUAAUUCACUCUUA